AUGCUCACCGUCAACGAGCCACUCGUAUUCAACGAAUAUGUCUACAAGCUUGAUCCCGAUCAGACUUUGGCAAUGAUCAAGGCCGCAGUCACUCGACCCAACAAGCGCAAGGCUAAUGCCAUUGAUGCGAAGAGUCAGUUGGCGUGGAAUGGGGAUCCGUACCUUCGUCAGUUCGGUGCCGUCUUCGAUGAUCAGAUAGCUCGGACCCAGAGUUCCCUGCUCGAACCUCCCAAGAUCCAGUUAGCAAACAACGUCACGAGCCCCAUGUUAGCUGGCUGUUGGGACUUGCACUGCAAGAAGUUCUAG